AUGGAAUGUAUUGACAAUAUUGAAUUGACGGUAUCACAAUCACAGACGAAAAGUGACGGUGAGUUUGCUGUUACGUUUGAAGAUAUCAAAGAUGCCUACGAUAGAAUCAAACCGUACGUUCACAAGACACCUGUUAUGACCAGUAAGGCAAUCAAUGAGAUCGCUGGCAAAGAUUUAUACUUCAAGUGUGAAAACCUCCAAAAGGUAGGUGCAUUCAAAUUCAGAGGUGCUUGCAACGCCGUAUUCAAGCUGACCGAAGAGGAUCUCAAAAAAGGUGUUGUAACUCACAGCAGUGGUAAUCACGGUCAAGCAUUGGCACUCGCUGCAAAAAUGAGAGGAACAACUGCAUAUGUUGUAGUACCAAAUAAUGCUCCAAAGAUUAAAUUGGAUGCAAUUCAAGGUUAUGGUGCUAAUGUUACAUUGUGCGAGCCAACAUUAGUUGCACGUGAGAGUGGUGUUGAGAAAUUGAUUCAAGAACAUGGUGCUACUUUGAUUCAUCCAUUCGAUAACAGAGAGGUUAUUGCCGGUCAAGGAACUGUAGCAAUUGAACUACUCUCACAAGUUGAGAACUUAGAUGCUAUUAUUGUUCCUAUUGGUGGUGGUGGUGUUUGCUCAGGUAUUUCAAUCGCAGCAAAGAGAAUGAAUCCAGAGAUAAAGAUUAUUGGUGUCGAACCAACCGGUGCAGAUGAUGCAUGUCGUUCAUUUAAAAAGGGUGAAAGACUACCACAUCUCGAAGGUUAUCCAAAUACUAUUGCCGAUGGUCUGUUGACAACCGUCGGUGACUUGACAUGGCCAGUUAUUAAAUCGCAUUUACAUAAUGUUUUGACUGUUGACGACAACGAGAUCAAAGCUGCAAUGAAAUUGGUAUGGGAUAGAAUGAAAUUAAUUAUUGAACCAUCAUCUGCAACAGUAUUAGCUGCAGUUCUAUCAAAGGAAUUCAAAGAACUUUACGGUCAAGACGGUACCAUUAAGAGAAUCGGUUUGAUUGUAACCGGUGGUAAUGUAGAUUUAGCAAAGGUACUCACUUUCUUUAGUUAA